UGUAGCUUCCCGGGGAGACACGCUCGUCCGGUCCUCAGGGGCCGGCGAGGCCACCCACUACGCGGCGCCGCCCGGAGGUCCCAGGAAGUGGACCUGCGGUUCUCCGGGCCCCCAGUAAAGCCGCGCGCCCGCCCCCUGAGGCCCCAAACCCGCGGAGAGCGCGUGGGGUGGCAGCUACAGGGUCCCUACCCGCUCGGGCUCCCUGAACGGUCCACACAGCCCGCGCCCGGCCGCCUUCCCGGAACCGCCCACGCCGAGGGGAAGGCGGGGCCGCGGACACCCGGCGGCGCGCCCAGCGCCCCGCUAUCUGCAAUAAUUGCAGCCUCCGCCGCCGCCUGGGGCGAUGCGCCACCCGGAAACCGGCUCUGCCGGGCUCCACCGCAGGCCUUUGAGCCCCUUUUCGCAUCCAUGGGGCUGAGCCGGCUGCCUGCGCCGGAGAGCGUUAGAUCCUGUUCUUCUUCCCUCUAUCAUAUUCUUAAUUAUAAAUCAUGGAGAAUCAAGAUAAAACAAUUAAGCAUGAAGCUUCAGAACCAUCCACAGAGGUCAAUCACACAGCCUCCAGGUGUCAAGAAAAACAGGAGGAAACAGUUAUGAACCCCAGAGGUAUAGAUGGAAGUGAACCAACAGAAGGAAGUAACCUACUGAAUAGCAAUGAAAAAAUGCAAGAAACACCAGCUGAACCAAAACAUUUGCAAAGACUAAGACAAACAUUUGCUUGCCCUCCACGCGGUUUACUGGAUAGAGUAAUAACAAAUGUUACCAUGGUGGUUCUUCUGUGGGCUGUAAUUUGGUCAAUUACCGGCCCUGAAUGUCUUCCUGGAGGAAACCUGUUUGGAAUUAUAAUCCUAUUCUAUUGUGCCAUCAUUGGAGGUAAACUUUUGGGGCUCAUUAAGUUACCUACAUUACCUCCACUGCCUCCCCUUCUGGGCAUGCUGCUUGCUGGGUUUCUCAUCAGAAAUAUCCCUGUCAUCAGUGAUAACGUACAGAUCAAGCACAAGUGGUCUUCUGCUUUGAGAAGCAUAGCCCUGGCUGUCAUAUUGGUUCGCGCUGGCCUUGGGCUUGAUUCAAACGCCCUGAAGAAGUUGAAGGGUGUUUGUGUAAGAUUAUCCUUGGGUCCUUGUCUUGUGGAGGCGUGUACAUCUGCUCUUCUUGCCCACUUCCUCAUGGGUUUACCAUGGCAAUGGGGAUUUAUGCUGGGUUUUGUUUUAGGUGCUGUAUCUCCAGCUGUCGUGGUGCCUUCGAUGCUCCUUUUGCAGGAAGGAGGCUAUGGUGUUGAAAAAGGCGUCCCGACCUUACUCAUGGCUGCUGGCAGCUUCGAUGAUAUUCUGGCCAUCACUGGCUUCAACACCUGCCUGGGCAUGGCCUUUUCCACAGGCUCCACAGUUUUUAAUGUCCUCAAAGGAGUUUUGGAGGUGGUAAUUGGUAUGGCAACUGGAUUGCUUCUUGGAUUUUUUAUUCAGUAUUUUCCAAGCAGUGACCAGGACAAGCUCGUGUGGAAGAGAGCAUUCCUGGUCUUGGGGCUGUCUGUGCUGGCUGUGUUCAGCAGCAUGUAUUUUGGUUUCCCUGGGUCAGGAGGACUGUGCACGCUGGUCCUGGCUUUCCUUGCAGGCAAGGGAUGGGCCAGCGCAAAGGCAGAUGUUGAAAAGGUUAUAGCAGUUGCCUGGUUCAUCUUUCAGCCCCUUCUCUUUGGACUGAUUGGAGCAGAGGUAUCCAUUACAGCUCUCAGACCAGAAACUGUAGGCCUUUGUGUUGCCACCCUGGGCACUGCAGUAUUGAUACGAAUUUUGGCUACAUAUCUGAUGGUGUGUUUUGCUGGUUUUAACUUUAAGGAAAAGAUAUUUAUUUCUUUUGCAUGGCUUCCAAAGGCCACAGUCCAGGCUGCAAUAGGAUCUGUGGCUUUGGACACAGCAAGAUCACAUGGAGAGAAACAGUUAGAAGGCUAUGGAAUGGAUGUGUUGACAGUGGCAUUUUUGGCCAUCCUCAUCACAGCCCCAAUUGGAAGUCUACUUAUUGGUUUGCUAGGCCCCAGACUUCUCCAGAAAGCUGAACAUCAAAAUAAAGAUGAAGAAGAUCAAGGAGAGACUUCUAUACAGGUUUAGAGGUGAAAAGAGAGAAUGCUGAAUAUAGUCAUCAGAAAACUGCUCUUGGAGGCUACUUUUAUCAACUAGCAGAGGCUACUUUUUCCAUAUCGAUAUUGACAUAUGUAAUGUUCCAGCUUAAAAUGUACUAGAACCAAGUGUGGCUAUUUCUUUAAACAGCAUUUUUAGCCAUUACCCUUUCCAUAUGGGGGGGAUGGGGAUAAUGUUCUACAUCUCCAACCUGAUCUCUACCUUCUUUUUUUUUCACACACUUACUCAUCAUUCUAUCUUAAUUUUUAUGGGGACAUAUACACUUGAAUGUACUACCACAAUUUAAUUUCAGUGUCCUGUUCUGCUAGCCAACAGCUUGCUCUGACUUACUAUUACCAUCACAGUUUCACGAUUCAUGGUCACCUAGCCUCUCAUGCCUUGAAUUGUUUUGGGCUCCUCUUUUCUUUUUUUAAAAUACCAUAAUACAACCCCUCAUCAAUUUCUAUCAAUCUCUACACCAGCCUCAUGAAUAUCCAGUUAAUCAGGGUGAGGUAAGCUGCUAUAAUGAAGAAACGAAAAAUGAAAUACUUAAAUAGAGAAAUGUAUUUCCCUCUUAUGAAGCCAGCUGACAGGUUUACUGUGCUCAUGCGGUCUACUCAGAGACCCAUGUCCUUCUGUCUUAAGGCUCUGCCAUGCCCUAGCUUAGGACAAAGGUUAAAGAUGUCUGUACCCUUACUAAUCCUCAGGAAGAAGGAAAAAAGAAAGUGCAAGGCAAGCAAUUUAUUUUUAAGGAAGUGAUGUGGAGUUGUACACAUGUCUCCUCUUACAUAAUGUCAGUGAAGACCACACCCCUCUGUGAGGAGGCUGAGAAAGUGUCUCUCACUAAGCAUUCACAUUCCUGGGAGAUGGAAAGAUCAGAUUGGAGAGCCAGAAGUACCACUGUGUUGGGUGUUGCCAUAACCUAAUAGCACAUUCUUGCAGGUUAACAAGGACUAUCUAAAGUUAGUAACUUUAACCAGAAGAGUGACUUCUGUGGCAGGAAUUUCAGGGAUUGCAACAUGCUGGUAGAGAAGAUAAGAAGAAAGGCUUAUCUGCAAAAGUCACAUUUUAUCCCAGUUCAUCAACAGAACGUCUCUGCUUUUGUGUGUCACCCAUUAAGUUUCUACUCUAGGUCAACUCCUGCCUAGUUGUUAGAAUAAUCAUGUUUAAAUAAACAUGUCAUUAGACUACCUAAGGGUCUGAUUUAAUAGCAGACAAACAUGUGAACAAACUGUAACAAGGGAUAUAAGUGCUCUGACAGAAGUGCGAAUAGGGUACAUACACCCUUCAUUUAGUUGUUAGACUAACAUCUCAUAUUGAAAUAAUCUUAUCAUUAGACUACUGUUCCAGCCCCUUCCACCAUGACGUUCACCUCUGUUCAAAACUAGUUUAAUUUUUAUUACGCUAACGUACUACGAAGCCAUAGAAUCUUCAUUUUUAUGUCAGCCUGACUCUGGUCACUUUCUGGGACUGUAUUCCCUUAGUGUUUAUGUUCUCAAUUUGGACUGGAUUAAUGUAUACCGAAGUUCUGAUGGAUGAACUUCCUUGGCCAGGUGCACCUUGGUGGUACCACCAUAAACUUAAUGCUCACCUGGUCCUCUACUUUCACAAGCUCUGAAACUAGAUUCGUCCAACAGAUACUUACUGAAAGCCUUUGGUGACCCAGGCACAUCAUGAAGACUAAUAUUGUUUCCAUCUUUAAGGAUCUGACAGUCUGAUAGAGGAGAGCAACCAUUAAACAAGAGAUCGCAAAACAGUAUGAUACGUGCCAUGAUGCAGGAAGUAGAGGGGCACCAGGGAGCUCAUAGCAGGAGCACCUUAUCAAUCCAGGGGGAGGUGCAGUUUAGACACAGCCUCCAGAGAAAGUAGGACUAGGGUUAGGACAUGGGGGAUGAUUAGGACUUAGCAAAAGGCACGUGAGGCCCAAGGGUGCUGCAGUUAGUGCUGGUUCCCAUGUUCACCAGUAGCUCUUUUCCAUGUAACAGGCUUUGAAUAC